AUGGCAUCGUCAGUACAAAGACAACAAGAACAACGAAGACGAAUGCUAUUGAUGGAGAUUACUUCUAUUAUUUAUUUACUUCGUCAAGGUCUCGCUCUACGAGGUCACGUGGAUGAAGAAAGUAAUUUGAUUCAACUAUUGAAACUUCGAAGUAUAGACGAUAGUGAUUUACAAGACUGGAUCAAUGAUAAGAAAUAUCUAUCUCAUGAUAUUGUCAAUGAAAUUACUAAAGAGAUAUCGUUGACAAUUGUACGAGAUAUUGUUAAACAAAUUUCAAAACGAAAAUGGUUUGCAUUAAUUUGUGAUGAGAUAUCUGAUGAAUCAACGACUGAACAGCUCUGUGAAUCGCUAUUCGAACUGAGAAUGAUAUGUACGAAAUUUUCGAAGACGUCAUCGCAUUAUAUAAACUAG